AUGGGAACCAGUAACUCAAAACAAAAGAUUGAUACGCUCGAACAGCAACAACAGGCACUUAUGAAACAGAAUGCUGAAUUGGCACAACGUCUGACUGAACAAGAAGAAGCAAAUAAACGGCAACAUGAAGCAACAAUUGAACAGAUGGCCCGACUUUUAUUAGCCCUUGCACAAUCAAAAAAUAAUGAAACAGUUAUACGUGAUGAAAAAGGAGAAAUUGAAAUUGAAGGUACUACAUAUGAAAUCGUUCAAUUCGUAAAUCGAGGUGGUUUCGGUGAAAUUUAUAAAGCAAAAGUUAAAAAUAAAAAUAUGAUGGUUGCUAUUAAAGUCAUGGAAAACACACCCGGUAUACAAGAAGAAAUCAGAAAUGAAAUUAACUUUUUACGUUUAACUAAACAAAUUCCUAUUGAUAAUCAUCCUAUUAUCGAAUUUUAUGGUAGUAAAUUAACGAAAGAAGGUAUUUUUAUUGCAAUGGAAUUAGCUGCUUGUGAUCUUGUUACAUUUUGGCUCAAUAAAGUAUCCGAAGGAGAUGCUCAAGAUAUCAUUGUUAGUGGUAUAAUUAUUAUUAUUUAUGUAUUACGUGCAUUAGCAUUUCUCGAAAAAUUAAGUAUUAUUCAUGGUGAUAUAAAACCACAAAAUCUUGUUAUUGUUCCGAGUGAACAGGGUUUUUGUAUUAAAUUAAUUGAUUUUGGUACAGUCGAAAAGAUGAACACUUUACGUGCUCAUCUUACAGUCGAUGCUAACAAGUCUCAUACUUUAUAUUUUGCUUCACCAGAAUUUUUACAUCGUAAUUCAAAAAAUAUUAUGUCAAGACGUCUACAUAAAAAAUCGGAUGCAUGGGCAGCUGGUGUUAUGUUUUAUCUUUUAUUUUGUGGUGGAUUACCAUGGAAAGAUCAAUAUGAAUAUGAAAAUUUUUGUAAUGAUAAGGAUGCAAAAGAUGUUGCAGUACCAGCAGAUGGUGGCUAUAAAAUGAUUAUUGAACUUUUAUUAAAAAAGAAUCCUGAUGAUCGUUCGAGUGCUAAAGACACACUUAUGCAAUUAAAAGCACAUCCGGUACCUAAUGAUGUUCGACAAGGGUUAGUUCAACUCGCACGGCCUGGACAUUAUGCUGGUGGAUCAGAUCGAUCAUCAACUAGAGAUACAUGUAAUGAUGAUCCCAAUCAUCGAAAACAAUUUGCACAUCCGAAUAAAACAAAACGUGAUCAUGUUGGCAAGGAAAAAUGCCGCUUUGAUAAGGCCUGUACAAAGAGAAACGAUCGAGAUCAUAUGAAAAAAUACUCACAUGAUUGA